AUGGCAAGAAAGAUAGAUGUUGAGCAAAACAAGAGUCUAUUGACCAUGGAGAAUAAUGAGAAAGAUACAGCGCUUCAUGAAGCUGUUCGCUAUAAUCACUUGGAGUUUGUCAAGUUACUAAUUGAAGAAGACCCUGAUUUGGCAUCCAUAGUAAAUGGCGAAGGAGACUCUCCUCUUUUCAUGGCGGUGGAUAGAUGCUUUCACCAAGUUGCCCUGCACAUCCUAAGCAAUGCUCCAAACUGCUCUUAUCAAGGAAGGAACGGCAUGAACAUCUUGCACAUAGCCGCCAUUCGCUCCAAAAGACAUUUUGGGCUUCAGGUUGUUAAAAAACUUCAAGCUUUAACAUUAGAACAAGCUGAUGAUUGUGGAUGGACUCCUCUUCACUAUGCCGCACAUAUUGGCAAUGAGGUACUUGUUAAACGAUUUUUGAACAAAGAUAGUAAGCGCCUUCCUUUCUCAAAGAACAAAGAAGGUAUGUCUGCCCUUCACAUUGCAGCAAAGAGAGGACAAGAUGCUGUCAUUAGAGUGUUGAUGGAAAGUUGUCCAGAAGUUUGUGAGUUGUUGAAUAAAAACGGUCGGACAGCUCUUCAUAUUACGGUGGAAAGUAGAAAGAUUAUGGUGGUGAAAUUUUUCCAAGAACGGGCCAUGGCUUUUCAGGAUCUUAUAAACCUGAAAGAUUAUAAAGGAAAUACAGCUUUGCAUGUAGCCGCUAAUGUAGUAGAUUUCCAUAUUUUAAGAAUUCUUACAAACGACUCAAGAAUUGACAAAGAAGCUACAAAUAAGGACAAAAAGACAUUUGUUGACAUAAUCCUAACAAAUAAGGAGCUACAAGAUACUACAAUUGUAAGUUUUCUGGCACACAUGCUAAAUGGAACUGUAUAUUAA